AGCCCGGUGGCAGAGGGCAGAGCGAGCACCGCGCGGACGCGCUCCAGCAAACGCCAUACGUGAGCGAGCCGUGGGCACACCUGGCUGUGAGCAGUGGUACCGAACAGCAGCCAGGCUAAUCACUUGAGGAAUGUGGUGCGAUUAGGACAAGAGACAAGGAGAGAGUUCACAUCAGCCAAAGCAUUAGCCAAGUUAAAUUUCACACUCGGCGUGCGCAGAGGAACUCAAUAAAAAGGGAUAAUGGCUACGGGAGGCUUCAAGUCCAGUGCAGCCACGGACUUUUUGGAGGAAUGGAAGGCUAAACGGGAGAAAAUGAGAGCCAAAAUGCUAGGGGACAUUGCUGCUGCCACUGGUACUCCCUUGGCAGCUAAGAACACAAACAACACAAUGAAUAACAACAGCAAUGGCAACCCGGACAAGAGCUCUCCCACUGGGAACUGCCAAGAAACGAGUCACCCUGCAGCACCAAUUGCAUCAACUCCUCCUGCACCCACGUCUACACCUACGUCUGCACCCACGACUGCACCUACAGCCUCUCAGCAGGGAGGCAAUCUCAAGAAGGGCCCCAUGCAGACAGAGGUCCAAAGUGUCUCUCCGGGCACCAGCUCUAUGGCUUGUCCUGAGAUUGAUGGGAGGGACAGUCCAUCUCCCAGCCAUAAAGGAAGCCGGGAGAAGAAGAGCUCAGGUCCCAGUGCCAGGAAGGGGAAAGGGCAGAUUGAGAAGAGGAAACUGCGAGAGAAAAGGAGAUCAACCGGUGUUGUCAGCAUACCGUCCAACGAGAGCCUCGAUGAAUUGGAUGAUGACGAUGUUGGAGGGAAGGGCAGGAGAGAGGAAAAGGAGCUGGUACAAGCCAACACCUUCCAAAAUGAAAUGACAGCGGAUCCAACCAUGGGACACUUAAUGGAUACCCCAAGAGCUGGAACUGGCCGCCACAAAAGCUCUGCAGGGCCAGGUGUUGAGGACGAGACCAAUGGAAACAAUAGAAGACAAAGCCGUCACCCUAGAGAUGGAGCCUCUGCUGUGGCCGGUCUGGAGAAGAGGCUGGACGAGCUGGAGAGGGAACUGAUCAGACAACGGCAGGAGAACGCUCAGUUGCUAAAGGCCCACGAAGAAAAGGACGACCUCAUUGUUAAACUUAAAGAAGAAAUCGACCUAUUGAACAGAGAUCUUGAUGACAUUGAAGAUGAGAAUGACCAACUCAAACAAGAAAACAAGACGUUGCUCAAAGUGGUAGGUCAGCUGACCAGGUAGAAGCCCGGAGCAUAAACCGCCGCCUCCUAAAGUACAUUCCUGUGAAGAACAUCUCUGUUUGCCCUGGGAGCUAACCGCACAGAGGGGUUAAAUGCAUUCACCUGUUUACUCUGGCUUAUGUUUGGCCUUUAAAGAAAAUGGAAAGUCUUUUGUUUUGUAAACCAGAUAAAAAUGGCCUCAAGGAAAUUCCUGUCACAAAUAUUUAAUGUGCCUAUUGUAUAUAGUUGACUUUUAAUGCAGCAUUUUCAAACAAAACUGAAUGUAUAUGGUGUACCCAAUUUAGAAAACAUUAUCUUUUAUUUCAUGCAACAAGUGCUACAUAAACACAUUUAAAUUUUAAUAUUAGUCAUUGUAUGUAUUUGUUGUUAACUUCAAAGAAAAGAAAAAAAACAUGUUUGCUGCAUUCAGAUUGAAAUGGUUGAACCAUAAUUUUAACUGAAUUCAGUUUCAGGAUUUGUUUUAUGAACCAAAUUUGAGACUAAAUGCAGAAAACCUGCAUUUUGCACAAUAUGAAUUUCAACCAUCACCUCACCAGUAAUCUGCUGUUUCUUGAUAUGUGAUUCUCAGAACACAAGUCAGCUUCAUUCUCUAACACAAGUGCUAAUUUGACAAGUGCUCCUUGGAUCCAUAUUCUGUAAAUCUGUAAGCACACUUAUGAGUACAUUUAAGCCUUUUGGUGUGGACAAACCUUUUAGCACUUCUAAAUGUUUUUCAUUUCAGUGUAAUAAUGUGUUGGUGGUCUCGCUAAUGCAAAGUAUUGUAAGAAUUUUCUGUGAAGUGGGUGUACAUGCUUUGAGAGAGGGCUGCAUUUAUGUAUUAUAACCAAAUUAUCUGAAGGAACACUAAUUAAGAAAGAAUCUUGUUAUUCCAUUGUGAAGUACAGCACUGUUAAGACACUCCUGGUUUGGAUUCGACUUUGGAGGGCUAAAGGCCUUUCCUCUGGCUGACAGAUAUCCCCCAUCUCUUUCCCCAUUGCAUUAUGCAUGUACAGGAGAUUAAGUCAUUUAAUAAAAGUUUGAUUAUCUCUCUCCUC